AUAAGAAGCCAAAGAAGAAGAAUAGGAGAUGCAGAGGCUGGAAUCUUCUUCUUUUAGGGUAUUGUAUAAGCUCGGUUGAGUGUAGGUUACUAUAAUAGUAAAUAGACCAUAAUACGAAUAACAUUGCGGGGAUUUGAAUAAUAGCGAGCUAAAACAGAUUAGUCAUAGUUAAGGCUACAACGCAAUGGCAAACCGUAACCUAAAACAGGUGAAUAUUCAAAAUAGUGCAACAUCCCCGCUCCCACAGAAUGUAAAGCGCACCACGGAAUCUCCAACAGAUUCUAGCGAAAAGAUGGAGCCAGCCGCUCCAUCACCACGAGACCCCAGUCCUCCAAACACUGAGCCUCAAGAGAUGACUUUAAACCUCAAGAACUUCAGGAGACCUGGAGAGAAAACAUUCACUCAGCGGUGCAGACUGUUUGUCGGUAAUCUCCCAUCAGAUAUGACGGAGGAAGAUUUUAAGAAGCUGUUUUCCAAAUAUGGCGAAGCAAACGAGGUGUUCAUCAACCGAGAAAGAGGAUUCGGCUUUAUACGCCUGGAAACAAGGACACUUGCAGAGAUUGCUAAGGCUGAGUUAGACGGUAUGAUGCUGGGGAACAGGCCCAUCCGUAUUCGUUUUGCCACACAUGGGGCUGCACUCACAGUACGAAACCUCUCUUCAGUGGUGUCAAAUGAGCUGCUGGAACAGGCCUUCUCACAGUUCGGCCAAGUUGAGCGGGCAGUUGUGGUGGUUGAUGACCGAGGCCGACCUACAGGGAAGGGGAUUGUGGAGUUUGCCAACAAGCCUGCUGCCAGGAAAGCCUUGGACCGCUGCGCAGAUGGAGCCCUUUUGCUUACAAUGUCCCCUCGUCCGGUCAUUAUCGAGCCAACAGAACAGUUUGAUGAUGAAGAUGGGCUACCAGAAAAGCUGUUGCAAAAAUCAGCACAGUAUCACAAAGAAAGGGAGCAUCAACCACGCUUUGCACAGCCAGGAACCUUUGAGUUUGAGUACUCAUCUCGCUGGAAGGCUUUGGAUGAAAUGGAGAAACAGCAGAGGGAACAAGUCGAACGGAACAUACAAGAGGCAAAGGAGAAAUUGGAGGCUGAAAUGGAGGCCGCCAAACAUGAGCAUCAACUCAUGAUGAUGAGACAAGAUCUAAUGAGACGUCAAGAGGAACUGCGGCGUUUGGAGGAGCUGAGGAAUCAGGAGCUGCAGAAACGCAAGCAGAUUGAAAUGAGGCAUGAGGAAGAGAGACGUAGACGUGAAGAGGAUAUGAUGCGCCAUAGGGAGCAGCUUGACAUGAGACGGCAACCAGAUGGAUUCAAACCCAGUUUCAUGGAGAGUGACGUGAUUGUUGCUGUACUGUGAAUCUCAAGCACACCUGCAUUCUUAUCAUGGGUGAUGGGCAGUUCAAGAUUGCUGUCCUUCAAGAAGUUAAUGACCACUGUGGAGGUUGUGAGCUACAAAUACCCAGACAAGGUGGCACUUACAUUGGAAUUCAUACAGAAAGUUUUCCUGUGAAGAAAUCCUAAAUGAGGGUUGAGAUGAAGGCAACCAGGUGAUGGGCAGUUCAAGAUUGCUGUCGUUUGAGAAGUUAAUGAACAAAUUUUCUUUCCUGUUGCGGUUGUGAGCUACAAAAUACCCAGAGGAGACGGCAUUUAUUCUGGAGUUCAUACAGAAAAUUUUCCUGUGAAGAAAUCCUGAACGUGGUUUGAGAUGAAGGCAACCAAGUGGCUACACAUUCCUCCAAGACUCUUGCAUGAACAAUUUCGAAAAUCCAUGUAAUAUUUGAGUUUUUAAAUUGAAAAAAAAAAAAUGGCACUUGCAUUAAAUAUGCAGUUAAAUGGGAAAUAAUACAUCCCCUAUAAUGAAUUGCAUCACUUCAAUGAUAUUUCUGUUACAAUGAACUUUAAAAAUUCUGUUGUCAAGCCACUGGAGUCACAUACUUUAUACUUUUCUGAACCUUGAAAAUGGUAGUUGCAUAGACAAUCAACAGAGGGACAGAAAGUACCCAGAAAUAACUAAAAAUACUCUUAAUUUGUGUUCUAAAAAUGAAUUAAAAUCUUAUGGGUUUGGAAAGGUAUGAGGCGGAGUAAUUGACUGAAUUAACAUUUUUGUGUUAACUAUCCCUCUAAACAAUAUUGUUUUCUCUUAUAAGAAAAAAAGUUUCGAAUCUUGACUGUUUUACAGUUUGAAGUUUAAAUUUUGUGACCACUUUUAGUACAACACCUGUAUUGUAAAAAUGCUCAUGGUUUUUUUUUUUUUUUUUUUUUUUUUUUAAUUCUGUCUGUUUAAAUUAUUACUGUUCAAAGCGAAACUGUCUUUUACAAUACAGGCAUUUUUCACUGUUUGACACAUUGUUAAAUGAAUUGAGUAUUUGAUAUUGUUUAGUCCUAACCCACUUAAGGCAAACAAAAGCCAUU